CUGUAGUCAUUGGUUUGUGGAUUUUAUUACUAGUAUGUGUUGUAUUCUAUUAUGACUUGGGGAGUUAGGGGGUUGUUAUGCAUUGUUAAAUUCAAACUUUUCACCAAUUGAAUUAAAACUUAUAUUAAAUUUUAAUCCCUGUGAUAGAUACUACUGAGGAUGCUGGAUUUUAUACCAUUAAAAUGUAUUAUGGUGGAGAGUUGGUGUUACAACCAGCUUUGGAUUAUCAGAAGGGGAGAAUAGAAUAUUUUGACUACUUUAUUGAAGAAGAGAGCAGUAUGCCCCAAAAUAAUGAAGAAUCUAGAAGAGUCCUAGGAAAAAUCUAAUGAGUGGACAUGUCACAAAUCUGUUGGUGGGAUUUACCAUGUGGAGGGAUAUAUGAAACGCUUCAAGGUGGAUUUAAGCCAGCACCACUGCUCAUGUAAGAUAUGGGAUCUUACCGGCGUCCCUUGUAGCCAUGCAGUUGCAUGCAUUAGAAUAAAAGGAGAAAAGCCAGAGGAUUAUAUACACAAUUGCUACACUGUUGAGAGUUAUCUAAGAUCUUAUGCUCCAGCAAUAAUGCCCAUUCGUUCUUCAGAGCAGUGGCACAAGACAGGACUUCCACCCCCACUACCACCAAAGUAUAAAAAACAACCUGGAAGGCCAAAGAAAAGAAGAAAGAUAACUCCAAAUGAAAUUGUAGAAAACAAGACUAAAUACUUGAAGAAAGUGGGAGAAGUUAAAAGAUGCAGAGUUUGUGGACAAAGAGGGCACAAUAAAACUACAUGCAAGUUUCAAAAUGGUCAAGCUCAAGCUGCAGAAAUUGAAGUUGGUGGGAAUGAAGCUGAGUUUGAGAUGGAAGAUGCCUUUGAAAAUGUAUCAAUUGAAACCCAAGUGCCGAGCUUUGUUCUUGAUGAAAUGGACUUAAUGCCAUCUCAUAGUACCAACCCAAUGACUAGUGGAGGACCUACUCCAAAUCAGAUGUCAACUUUUAUAUCAGUUGAAGCUAGUCAUAUAACCCAACCAAAUCAACAUCCUGGAAUCAUAAACAAUGGGGGAAGAACCUUUGUGACUCUAUCUAAUCUUCAACAAACCAAAUGCCAAACCAGAAGAUUGUCACAGUUGCAAUAUUGAAGGGAUAUAUAUUUUGUAAAUGGAUACAAACCAUAGCCUUAUAAUAUAGUACUAAGUUUUUUGAAAAAAAGGCUCACUAGUCACUAUGGUUGUUAUUUUGUAACUUUUUGUCUAUUCUUCUAGGAUAUAUUUUUUGCUUUAGGGGGUCAUAUAAGAUUGAAUUCUGGUAUGCCAAAUUAAAUGACGACUAUUUUUGCUUAAUAUAGUAGAUGGUUGUUAUUUGCUAAGUUAUUUUUUGUAAAAAUACUAGUAUUGAACUUGAAAUGAUGGGGAAGCAAAUGAUAUUACUAU